AUGAAAACAGGAAUAAAGAAAAUUUGUACAGAACUUCAAAACAAUGAAAUGAAACUCAAAUAUUACAGUGUAAAUAAAGAUGAAUUCUCGAAAAACUCUGCUAAUUAUAGUGCUCCAUCACCUCCAGAAAGAGACUUGACACUACCACAUCCUCCAAUAUCCUCUGAAGCUCUGGCAUGGAAAAAAGAGAAAACACUAUCUCCUCUUUCUUGUGAGAAACAUAACGUUGCUCAUUUGUGGAAAGAAGAGAAUGAUUCAGAUCGCUUCAUCCAACAUGGACGUUCAGAAAGCCUUCCAAUUGAUUCCACUCAUGAGAGUCCCAGUCUACAUCUUCGUAGUUAUUAUAGCUGUACAGACGUCUAUAAAGGAAAACCCUCAGAACGACCAUCUAUAUAUGGAGUUUCUGACUACAUGGAUAUGUCUGGUCGGCAUCAAAAAGAAUGGUCCCAAAUUUGCUCUAAAAUGACAGAUAAAGCCUCUUCCAAUGUUGUGUCAGUGAAUACCAAAAAAAUGAGGACAUCUAGCUGCACAAGUUACCGCAUCCAUGCCAAUUUUGAGCCUGAGGAGGAUCCUCCUCCGCAAUUACCACCUCGAGCUUACCGGAACAUGCCAGACACUUCUGGAAACUUAAACUGGAUAAAGGAAAUUGUACAAGCCACAUCACUCACUGACUUAUCAAAGGGACGGCCUUCACAAUCAGUACCCAACCAGAAUGUGACAUCCCCAUCUCAAUCUGAGUUGUUUAUACCUAGUCCAAUACUUCAAACUAACAGCAUACAUAAGAUGCCAUCACCUGAAUCAUGUUCUCAGAAAAUGCAGUUUCAUUAUCGCUCUUCAUCUGAACAAUGUCUAACAUCAAUUGGAAGUGCUGACCAAAUGAAAAUUCCAUUAUAUGUAUCAUUGGUUAAUAUACCUACUGAAGAAGGUCUCCCCUUAGCAGUAGACAAGCAGCGUAAUCUAGUGUCUGUGAAGCAGCGGAUCCACUUUUUUGAAUAUGAUAGUAAUGGACAACUGGUGGGAAAUCGAAUUCCUCCACCAGUUCCUGCAAAACCAACUUCUUUAGUAUUAAGAAAAAAGGUUCCCAAGGAAGAAGGAUUUUCGCCUACUCAGCCAAGUCCAGAGAUAGAUCCAUCAGCAGGGAAACCCUUCAAUUUGUUAACAGAGAAACCAUCUGAAGCCUCAAAGGAUAUAACAGAAACUGCUGAUGAAAAAUUAGAAGUAAGGUGCAACAGGACAGAGCAUUUUCAGUGCAACAUCAAAGAAAAUGUGGAUACUGCUGCUGAUAAAAUUUCUUUACUACUACCCGAGGCUGAAGAAGUUAGGAAUAAUUUGGAAUAUUUUCAACAAUCAGCAACAUUGCAAGAUGAACAUAUUGACAAAGAAGUCCUUAUUAGAAAAAAGAAUGCUUUACGAGACAGCCUAAGAAGGAAGUUGGAUGUAUUGCGUGAAGCGAAAUUGAAUGUUGAAGCAGAAAUUCAAGAAAUAGAUAUCAUGAAGAAAAAUAUCUGUAGCCAAUUUGAAAAUGUUUGCCCAAAUGUUAAUGAGCGCCGCAAGUUGACUGAUUUUUUCAAAGAUCGAGAAAUGUGUCAAGUCCUUUUGUCAAAAUUAAAAGUUCGGAUAACUCGUCUUAAAAAUGAAAUGGAGGAAACAAGCCCAAGUCAUGAUCUUAAUGAUAAACUGUCAAAACUUGAAAUUCAUUUUUCAUUGGUUCUUUUCUUUUUCCUUGUGCAGGCAGGUCUAUUUAUGGAAUGUUUCCCACCUCUUGCCGCAUGUCUUAAGUAUAUUAUUAGUGUUAUUUCUCUCUUCUUUUUUUUUCAUUCUCUGAACCAUUUGAGGAUUGCUUCAUGGCAUGAAACUCAUGGUAAAGUUUUGUAUCUCUAA